AUGGCACCAACACGUUGGGGAAUCGUGAGCGCUGGAAACAUCAGCAAUGACUUCAAGGUUGCUCUGGAUACUCUGCCAAAGGAUGAACAUGAGGUGGUGGCUGUUGCAGCUAGAAGCCUUGAGAGGGCUGAGCAGUUUGCGAAAACUCACAACAUCCCGUCUUACUAUGGAUCGUAUGCCGAGCUGGCAGCCCAAGGACAUAGGUAAAUAAAUGUGGUGUACAUUGGUGCUACCCAUCCCCAGCAUGCACCAGUGACGACCAUGAUGCUCCGCGCGGGGAAGUCUGUCCUGUGUGAGAAGCCGAUGUCUGUCAACUCUCGCGAGGCGCGUCACGUGAUCAGCCUCGCCAAAGAGAAGAACCUCUUCUUUAUGGAGGCUAUUUGGAGCCGCUUCUUUCCGGUGUAUAAGAAAGUCCGCGAAGUCGUCGACUCGGGAGUGCUAGGGGAGGUGAAAAUGAUCACAGCUUCCUUCGGAAUCAACUUUGACGGUGUCCCGAGAUUUAAAGACAGGUCCCUGGCAGGCGGCUCGCUGAUUGAGAUAGGCAUCUAUCCGAUCCAGUUCACCACCAUGGUGUUUGGAGGGGAGGAACCUGAAGACAUCACUGCCAGUGGGCAUCUCAUAGACACGGGAGUGGAUGAGUCUGCCACUAUCAUCUUGAAGUACAGUAACAAUAGAACAGCAGCGCUGACGUGCAGUAUGUCUACAACACUGGCUCAAGAGGCUUAUAUCUACGGGACAAAGGCCUCUCUUAAGGUUCCAAAUUUCUGGUGUCCUACCGAAGUGAUUGCCCCAGACGGGACCCAUGAGUUCCCCCUCCCUCCUCCGGGGAAACAUCUCAACUAUUUCCACAGUACAGGCCUGAGGUUUGAGGCUAUGGAGGUCAGAAGAUGCCUACAAGAAGGUUUAAUCGAGAGUCCCCUGAUGACCCACGCCAUGAGCCUACAGAUAGCCGGGAUCCUGGACCGGGCACGGCAGGCGGUCGGAGUCGUGUACGACCAGGACAUGGAAUAA